AUGGCUCGUUCAUUCGCCUUCGCUGUCGCUUUAGCCGCGCUUGCCGUCAUCUGCGCCGUUUCGUCCGUUAGCGCGAUAACCGCCGCGCCAGGAACAACGCCAGCUCCGAACGCCAAGGGAAUUCCGGCAACAGGAACGGGAGCGGCGCCGAAGCCGAAGGCAGGGCCGCCGCCGACGAGGACGCAGCUGCGCGCCGAGCUGAAGAAGCUGUCGGCGACAAUCACCAAGAAGUACCCGAAAUACGCCAAGUACUCGACGCAAGUCAACAAGGCCAUCAAUGUCGCCCUGAACUCCAAGUACAACUUGACGGCGCUGCAGAGCGCUACGAUUCUGCUGAUGAACGACGUGGUGGCGGACCGCCUGUCGCUGCGCUUCAAGGGCAAGAAGAUCCCCAACGACGCGGCAUACAACUUGACGGCCGUGCAGAUCAUCGCGAGGCGCCUCACGCUGCCGGAUCUGCAGGCGAUCAAGAAGGGCCAGCUGCUGCCGACGCAGCUCAAGGGGGUCAGCCUCGUGAAGAUGUCGCCGGCGGGGCCGAAGGUGGUGCUGGGGCAGCAGGGCCUGGCGAGGCCGACGUGGAGCACGGUGCUGGACCCGCAGAUGUACGUCGGCCCGUACUUCGUCGCGCACGGUGUUGAUAACCCGCAGUUCCCCGUGGGCACCAAGCUCCCCGCGUAA